CUAGAUGGUACCAGAAAUACACACGAAAAAGUUAAAUUAUACUCUUGUUUCCAAAAUCGUUUUCAAUUAUACCAAGUUUUAAUAGUUAUAUAGGUCUAGUUAGAAAAUUAGCAGGGGAGUAAAAAAAAAUAGCCCUUAAUUAUGCGUCCUUUUCUUGUUUUGAACUUUUCUUAAUAGCACUAAAGUGAAUCAUUACCAUGAUUUGGGAUGAUGAAAAAGGAAUUCCUGCAAAAAUGUCUGACAACGGAGAAAAGAGAAGAUUGGACAAUACAAACAUGGACUUACGUCAUCAGCGAAGCAACGAUCCUGAGAGCAUCUCCUCCAUCGAGAUAACAGGUCUGGCGUCGAUGAUAAGUCAUAGGGGCUUGAAAUCAUGGGACACGACAUCAUCGUACAGCGUCAGUGUGGUCAACGGUAAUGAUGAUGACGUCGAUAGGGAACAUGAGAAGUGCAAUUCGUUGGCAAGACGACGAAUUCCUCGAUGGGUUUUCUGCAGUGCUCUGAUUGUUACAUCGCUUCUUGUUGCCUCUCUACUUGUUACUCUCUCGGUAAUACCAAUGCUUGGGCUUGAAACAACAACGAAGAUGACAAUGACGACUCUGAACUCGACCAAUACUCAAGCCCCCAUUGUAACAGAUGAAGAAGCAAACGCUUGUUCAUCCGGCGAGUUCUGGUGUGGUGAUGAUGCUAACAUACCCGAGUGUAUCCCUGACGAAUGGCGAUGUGAUGGAGAACCGAUUGCAAUACUGGACGAGAUGAAAAAUAUUGUAAAGAUUCUUCUGUGAUCACCAACACGACUAAGGAGCCACGCCCAUGCGUUGCAUGGCAACAAACUUUCAACGAAUCGUGUGGAGGGCAGAACUCAUCGGCGGGAUGCGUGUACAUCCCCCAGUGCCAUGUCGACGGUUCCCGAUGGAAAAGCACCACAGUGCACGUCGGAUAGACGGUCGUGUUGGUGUGUAGACCAAAACGAUGGGCGUACUAUAGAUGGGACAUUCACUGGGGUAGAUGUGUUAAUUGAUGGAGAAGUUCUGGAUUGUCCUAAUUCAGAUCAAUAACAAUGACAAUAUGACAAAAAUGUAGACAAGUUCUUCUGACUUUACCUUGAGACCUAAAAUUCAUAUCUCAUAUAUCAACCAUAUAAUUAGUGUGGUUUACCUUGAGAGAC